AGCGUAUCAGAGAGACUGCUUGAGAGCAGAUGCGUUCGGCCGGUCCGUUUGUGGGAUGCGGUGGAAAGUGCGCUGCGGCGCAGUGGAGAAGUGGAGUGCAGAGCGUGGAAUUUAAACGCUGAGACGGCGAGGCUGCCGCGGUGGAAGUUCCCCACCACCAUCAACCAUCUUCAAACCACCACCGCCUGCCUAUGUAAUAUUUAUGACAAAAGGGGAGCGAAAUAUUCUGCUCACGUUUUGGGGCUGUCCGCCGGCUGUCCUGGGGAGCACCGGAGUGGAACCCGGUCCAGAAGCGGAGACGGACCCCUGCAGUAGGAUGUAAACCAAGUUCCCACUCUUCAUACUGAAGAUCACCCUGACACCCCAUCUUCAUCGAUGACGAUGAAUUGGCGUGGUAGCAGCUGUUGCUAUGUGUAAAGGAGUGCCGCGGCACCAAUGGAGACCGAAGGCUAUCGUGACCUCCCGGAGACCAGCGAUGGUCAGGGGGUAGGCCUCCUGGAUGGACGGGGCGGGGGUGGAGUGGAGGAGGACUGGAGCGCCCCAUAUCCGCUUGGCUUCCAGGUGUCUUUGACCACAGUGCUGAUACUGGAGCUGGUCCUGGGCUUCAGCAGCAACUUGACUGUACUCGUGCUUUACUGCGCCCAAUCCAACCUGGUGGAUUCAGUCAGCAACUUGGUCACCGUCAACCUCCACGUUCUGGACAUCCUGGUGUGCGUGUUGUGUGUGCCGCUGACGGUGGCCGUCAUCCUGCUGCCGGCCAACGGAAGCGGCGUGGGCAGCUUGGCUACGUUGUGCUGCUUCCACGAAGCCUGCGUCACGUUCACCAGUGUGGCCACAGCUGUUAAUGUGCUGGUGAUCAGUUUGGACCGCUACGACAUCUCUGUGCGUCCAGCCAGUCGGCUCCUGAACCCUCGCCGUGCCGGACUGCUCCUGGCGGCCGUGUGGUUCGUCUCUCUGGCCGUCUUCUUCCUGCCUUUCCUUGAGGGUGACUUCUUCUCUUCUCAGGACAGUGAGGAUGAGGAGGAAGGGGGCCCGAACAAUGACCUUGAGUCCAUUACAGGACCGACGACACUUUUUUCUUCCCUCGCACCUUCGGUUUUACCCUCAACAUACCCGUCCUCGGCCUCCCACCACCUUUCUCCGAUAUGGCAGAACAGAACACUGCUGUGCAUCGGGGGGCAAGGCUACUACACGGGAAUGGCCAUGUAUUACCACUUGUUGCUCCAAGUGCCCUGCUUCUUCAUCGCUGUGGUGGUCAUGCUGUUCACCUACUCCCGCAUCCUCCAGGCGCUCAACAUCCGAAUAGGUUCCCACAUGAUGAGGAGUAACCGUACAAAGGACUCGACCUGCAGGAUACGCUGCAGGAGGACCAAGAAAAAGGACCUCAGCUUGCCAACAGAGGUAGUGUCCUCCAAUCAGAACCAGAAUCUCUCUCAUCCUCCCCUUAUUCCGUCUCCCACCCCGACGCCCACGUCCCCGCCGCCGCUCUCCUCCAUGCCCCAGGGGAUAUCCGACAGCGGCGCAACGGUCACGACCGUCAGUACGGCUGCCACCACUCCCGUCGCCACCACACCUGCCACCCCUGCUUCUCCGACUCCUGCUUCAGGAUCCAUGCAGACCCACGCCACCUCCCCACUCCCGGCUUCCUCCGUGGGUGUCCAAGCUUCGGUUUCUGCGAUCAUUGCUUUGAGACGGGCCGUUCGUAGACACAGGGACCGUCGGGAGCGCCAACGUCGUGUCCUUAAAAUGUCCCUAAUCAUUAUAUCCACCUUCUUGGGAUGCUGGGCUCCGCUGUCCGCAGUCAACAUUCUGAUCCUGUGUAUGGGCCCGAGCGACGGUUUAGUACGGAUCCGUCUUUGCUUCUUGGCGAUGGCUUACGGAACAACCAUUUUCCAUCCUCUGCUCUACGCCUUCACAAGGCAGAAGCUUCGCCGGGCCCUGAAAACACGAGUCAAGAAAAGGGUGGUGUCCCUUCUUCAGGUGGACCCAGCUCCCAUCGGUGGGACGGUUAUUCAUAACUCCUGGGUGGAGGGGGGAGGCCAGAGGAAGAGUCGCAAGCCCCGAGUGGAGGCCAGCGACGGCACUGAUCGAUGCCUCACCGAGGCGGUGAGGGAAUGACAUUUUCUGUUGAUGAAUGGUGUGUGUAUAUCCUUGCAUGUGUGUGAGAAGCCAUUCGUUUACAAAGGACAGAUCCCACGACAUCUGGCAGAUGAGGAGCCCAGAGUCAUGGGGUCCAAACAAGAGCCACCCAAUGUAAGCUAGUUGAGCGCAUUGAACUGUCUCCAUGGCAGCAUAGGGAACACAUAAUGGUGAUACCACACCUGAAAAUGUCCCACCAUCGAGCAGAAGUUUUGGAUGAUUAUUUAAAAACUGCUUUUCCAAGCAUGUGCACAGACAGAAUCACAACACAUACACAUACACUGCACACUGAUCUGCGCUUAGUCAUUAAAAAAAAAAAAAAAAAGCACACAAACAUCUAGAUCUAUCUGCACAUGAAUUCUCAGUGAGAACAAAUUUUGAAGUCAAUCUUUUUUCUUUCCUCCCUCUUCUUUUCAAGCCUUAAUUGGGUUCAUGAAAUAUGCGUGUGGUGCUGAAUGUCUUGUUUACAGAGGUAAGGGUAAGACUUCACAAAUGAGUGAAACGUUAUGGUCAGUAAAUGCAAAGAAGUUUACAAUGUGAAAUUACCAGCAAACUGGUACAAAUAAAAAAAAAAGUUAAAAAAUAAAGAGAAGAUAUUUAAUUUGAUUUACAUUAGAGCAGAACAGAAUUCAUUUCAAAGGCAUGGCUUUUUUUUUUUUAAACAGUUUUGAAAGCCGCAUAGGAGAUACGGUGGUCCCGGUGUUGUGUUUACGUGCGUGUACUGAAAUGAGCUAAGCGUUGACCCUCUUAAGAUGUGAACAAAAAGAAUGUGAACACACAACUGUUGGUUUUCUAUUCACCAUACAGCUAACACAACAGCGUUGACUUUAACUAUGUGGCUAGCUAAUUAUGUUUUAACUCUGUGUAUAUGACGGGCCACUGUAUCACUUCAGCUUUUCAAUGGAUCUCAAAGGGCAAUAUUUUGUGAACAGUCCAUUUGAAAUAUCUCUGUAGUCACAGCAGGUCAUUUACUAGUUCCUGAACUGCUGACAUAAGGGAAAAUCAUUUACUGUUCCAUUUGAAACUCUCAAUUUGGACUGAACUUUGAGACAGAUGGGCCUUUGCCAUCUCCAGCACUGAGUCCUUGACUAUUUACACUGUACCUGUGUUUCUCUAUUUCCUCAGGGCUCAACAUUUACGAACUUGCUGGACAUGAAAUAAUAGAACCAGCCCUCAAUUCCCUAUUCUAUUGUGUGUGUUGCUGUAAGUAAAGAUUUAUGUCACUUCUUAGGUAGAGAACACAUCAAAGUUUAUAUAAACUCCUCAAGGCUUGGAAACCACCUCAGGUUUUGGGCUAUCUUCUCCAUUAUACUCUCACUUUUUACACUAAUGGUAAACCAAACAGAAGUCACUUGUGUGUUCAUGUACAUUUUUCAGGGAUGUAAAUAUUGAAGUGUCAGAUUUGGGUUUUAGUAAGAGAUAUUUCUUUUUCUCCCAACUCCUUUUUUUUUGGUUAAGAUCAUCUGCCGGACAGAAAGAGAGCCAUUGUGAUGAAAUCAGCUACUGUAAAGAGAUACAUGUAAUCGUAUUUGUGUUAAUACUGUAUGUGUGUAAAUGUAUAUUUAUGACCCCGUGUAUAGAGAAAUGUUAGUAUUGUAUAAAAAUUUAUAUUACUGUGUUAUUGUAUAGAACAGAAUCUGUAUUAAAAUGUAAUCUAUGAGUUGA